AUCGGGUGACAGCCCAUAUUUAUGAGCAAUAUAAAGUAGGCAUAAUGUCCAAUUCUAAUUACCAAAGAAAUGAAAGAAAUAUAACAUUAUGCUACUGUUUUAGUACUCUCUUGUCAUCUAUGAAGAUUAUGAUGGAAAAACACGACAUUUGUGUGCGGCAACCCUACCUUUUUCGUACAGCAAUAAACGUUUGAGAAUUGCAACAAAUUAAUAUUUAUCCAAAGAACUUAUGCAAGUCUACCAAAAUAUAUAAAAGCAUAUACGGAUAAAGCGGAAUGUGCAUUGUUUUUGGUAAAUAACUUUUACUUUUUAGAAAGACUCAUUUAAUUGCGAAUUAUGUCGUCCAUUAUAACGCGCAAGGAUGUCGAAAGCGUCGAUGCCGUCGAACAGCAACAGAAAGUGGCCAAAAAGCGCAGUGCGGAUGCAGGAAGCGUGGACGCGCCCAAGAAAUCACGUUUUGAUGUCAAGGAAAAAAAUGGCGCUCCUGCAAUCGAGAUGUCCUCAAAUGCUAAGCCGUCAGUGGGUAGUGAGCAGUUGGAUGCCGCUACUGCUGCAGCGCUCAGCUCUUCGCAAAUUAAAUUGAUGAUGGCCCACGCCCAGCGUGAGAUCGAAGAACGCAAGCGAGCAUUGAGUAAUCUGAGAGACAAAGAUCCACUGUUGGCUUCAGUGCCUCAAAUAGGCAUGCCGGUCGCACUAGCCACGCAGGCGCUAGCCAAGAAGCCCACGCCAGAGGAUGCAGAUAAGGCCAAAAAGAUCGCUGAACUUCAGGCGCAAAUCCGUGCCAAGCUUACGGGUAAUCUGGCAAAUCUUAUACAGCCUACAGCUGUAGCGGCAGCAGCUGCAGCAGCGGCUCAACAACAGGAACGGCCCAAACCCUUGAUAUUGGACGCGGAGGGACGCACUGUGGAUAAAAGUGGACGCACCAUCAAUAUACCGACAGUCACGCCAACGCUCAAAGCCAAUAUACGCGCAAAAAAGCGUGAGGGGUUCCAACGGCAGACACAUGGCAGUGAACGUGGAGGUCUUGGUGGCUCUGGAACUGCUGGUACGCUGGACGACGGUGUCAAGUAUUUUGAUGAGCGAAUUACACAAAAGCCCAUGGUGCGCAAUAAACGAACAUUGCGCUUUCAUGAACCGGGAAAAUUUCAGCAAUUGGCUGAACGCAUGCGGAUGAAGAGUCAGCUGGAGCGGCUACAAAAUGAAAUAUCGCAAAUAGCUCGGAAAACAGGCAUCUCUUCCGCUACAAAACUUGCUUUGAUUGCGCCCAAACAGGACAUGCCUGAUGAUGUGCCUGCUAUGGAGUGGUGGGAUUCGGUCAUUCUAACCCAAGAUUUGCAGACUGUAGAUGAGACAAGCGGUGAGAUAAGCAUUCGCCAAACGGCUAUUAGCAAUCUCAUUGAGCAUCCGACGCAAAUGAAACCGCCAAAUGAGCCCCUAAAACCUGUGUAUUUGCCCGUGUUCCUUACUAAAAAAGAGCGCAAGAAGUUACGGCGUCAGAAUCGGCGCGAGGCGUGGAAGGAGGAACAAGAAAAGAUACGUCUGGGUCUGGUUGCACCACCCGAACCAAAGUUGCGCAUUUCAAAUCUAAUGCGCGUUCUGGGCACAGAUGCAGUUCAAGAUCCCACCAAGAUUGAGGCCCAUGUACGCGAACAAAUGGCAAAGCGUCAAAAGGCUCACGAAGAUGCAAACAAUGCGCGCAAGCUGACCGCCGAGCAGAAGAGCGAAAAGAAAGUGCGGAAACUCAAGGAGGAUACCACUUGUGGUGUCCACGUUAGCGUCUAUCGCAUACGCGAUCUGCAGGAUAACCAGAGCAAAAAAUUCAAGGUAGAAACAAAUGCCAAACAGCUUCAGAUGACAGGUAGUGUGGCGCUCUUUCGUGAUUGUUGUGUUGUCGUCGUCGAGGGUGGACCCAAGCAACAAAAAAAGUACCGCCGACUCAUGCUACAUCGCAUCAAAUGGGAAGAGGACAUAGUCAAGGGCAACGAUGGUCAGGAUGUUCCCAACUCGUGUGUGCUCGUAUGGGAGGGCACAAGUCAACGGCGGCACUUUGGCGAAAUCAAAUUCAAAAUAUUUCCAAUGGAGAAAAUGGCGCGCGAAUUCUUUCAAAAACAUCAAGUGGAACACUAUUGGGAUUUGGCAUACUCUGGCGCUGUAUUGGAGGCCUCAACAGAUCAACAAUAAGGUGUACUGUUUUACAAGUAGAGGACUCUUGACAUUGAUAUAUCGAUAUACAAACAUAUGUACGUAUUUCAAAUUUUACAAAAAAACAAAAUUUGCAAAGCAAAUUGGAUAUCAAUCAUUGAAAUUUAACUCUGAAAAAGCACUAAAAUUUUUUGAGAUUUUCCUUUUGAAUCCAAAAUUUUAUACCAAUGAUGUGUAACUUUUUUACUCACAUUCAUUUGUAUGUCGAUGUUAACUCAAAUGUCAUUAGUCCUUGACGAAUUAUACGAAAUUUGUUAACAAA